AUGAGCGACCAAAACACGAAUAUCUACAAACACGCCGACUCAGACGGUCACUUCCGGCGCAAAGAUUCGGCUUUUCGAUCCCAAAUCACCCGGGACCCAAUGGCUGAAUUCCCCGCCGAAAAGGACCGCUACGUGCUAUACAUCAACUAUGGCUGUCCAUGGGCGCACCGGGCCAAUCUAGUCCGUAGCCUAAAAGGGCUAGACAGCAUAAUCCAACUGGUCGUACUCGAUCCCGAACUCGGACCCAAUGGGUGGUUCUUCUCUGGACGGUAUGGCUCCGCAGAGAAAGACCCACUGUAUGGCUUCAAAUACCUCAAAGAACUCUACCUCAAAGCAGACUCACAUUACGAGGGACGCUACACAGUUCCCACGCUGUGGGAUAAGAAGAAAGGGACGAUAGUCAACAACGAAAGCAGUGAGGUAAUUCGCAUGCUAUACACCGAAUUCGAUGAGUUCUUACCCGAGAACAUGCGCGAACAGAAUCGUGCCGGCGGCGGAUUCUACCCGGAGCAUCUGAGGACUGAAAUCGACGCAAUGAACGCGUGGGUGUACCCACUGAUCAACAAUGGCGUGUACAAGACCGGAUUCGCUACUACACAGGCCGCAUAUGAGGAAAACAUCUACCCGCUUUUCGAGGCACUGGACCGGAUUGAAGCGCAUCUCAGCCAGCGGGAACAUCAGCCUUUCUUGUUUGGCGGGUCUAUAACUGAAGCUGAUAUCCGUCUGUAUACGACGAUCGCUCGAUUUGAUGUGGCUUAUUACCUGAUCUUCCGCUGCAAUCUUAAAAUGAUUCGGCAUGAUUAUCCGCGGAUUGAUCAAUGGUAUCGGAGACUUUACUAUGAUGAGACGGAGUUGACGGGAGGAGCUUUUAAGAAAACGACUUUCUUCGAUAUUUAUAAAUUCGGUUACUGUGUUGCUAUUGGAAGCAAGACUGGCAAUACGCAGUUGGUGGUACCGGUUGGACCUGUUCCUGACAUUCUUCCCGCUGAGAAAGCGACAUAG